AUGGGGGGGGCAGAUCUUCUCGCCUGGUCGCCGUGUGGGUUACGCUGGACGAUCUUACCUCGCCGCUUGCGAGGCGGAGCCCGUGGCCGCCACCUCUCCUCCUCGGGCUUCAGGUUUUCUCCUUCUUCGGCUUCGUCAUCUGCCAACAAUGGAGAGUCUAGCUCCUACCUCGAAAUGUGGAAGAAGGCCAUGGAGAGAGAAAGGAGUUCUCAGGAACUUAUCUGGAUAGCCACGAGGCCCUCGAAUGACGGAUGGGGCCGACAAGAAGAGGGAGGGGACAGGAAGAGUUCGGUUGAUCGUAUGACGGAUCAGUUUAACAGGAUUCUGGAGGUUCCGAAGGAGGAGAGGGACCGCGUCCAACGGCUUCAGGUGAUCGAUCGUGCUGCCGCUGCAAUCGCUGCUGCCCGUGCCCUCAUCAAGGAGCCGCCUCCAUCGAAGCAACCUUCCACUUCUAGCCUGAGUUCGGAUGGCUCCCACGCUUCUGCGGAGUAUAGCGGUAGCGGGUUGCUUGCUCCAGAAGGUACGGAAGAAAUUAUAGGAGCGGCUUAAGCUGAUAUCCCAUCGUUUCACUUCCCUUCAGUCAUACAUUCAUCGUACUUCCCCUUCCUUCUGGCUUCACAUUGUUCAGAUGGAUUAUAACCACCAACAGAGUCGUACUGCGAUUUUACGCGAUUGGGGGCAUUUAGUGCUCCUACAAGAAAACCUUCAAUAUUUGUACUCCAUUUUUUGUUAGUCAGUCAUUGUAUGAAUAACAUGAACUUCAUUCGAAAAUUAUGACAUUUUUAAGAAUCAUGAAUAGAACGAUAUGCUUAUUUCCAUGCAGUCGAAAAAGGCAUUUAAAAUUUCUAUGUUCAGGUAACCGAUUUUUAGUCGAAUUCUUAUUUAUCAUUUUUUUUUAAAAAAAAUCGGUAGAAUGUAUCCUUCAAUAUUCUGAGGCAUUGUAAGUAAUGUUAGUGAUUCUUCUUUCUAGAUGAUGAGUAUUGCUUCAGGGAUACAAGCCCACCGUCAUAACUAAAGCGAAGGAGUACUUGUAGCCUUCCAUCAUAGUCUAGCUGCUUUCUUUCUUCAUCACUUCUUACACAUAAAAUACUUGCGUAGUUCAACUAUCUCCUCUUGUAUUUGCUAUUGAAAGUGAUGUAAACACUGCCAUUGCGAAAAACUUUUUGACUUUUAAUGUUUACAUCCGGAGCAAGCAAAAUGGUCCUUGGACUAUAUUUCUCCAUUCUACUUUUUAUCAUCAUCAUCAUUAUCAUCAUCAUCACUAUUACCUGGAUAACCAUCUAUCCUUCAUUCUAGCAUAGACUUCCAGCAUUGAAUCUGCGUCACAAGCAUGCCAGCAUGUGAUUGAAGGCUGGAGUUUUGUAUCGUGUUAGAAGCCAGUAGAUGAGUAUGACACACGGCAUUAUUAUUUAUCAUUAUUUGACUCUGAAAACGGGAACAGUAGCCUUUGUCUUGCUUAAGGCCUCAAUCGUCCAGCUGGGGAAGAAAAGAUUUACCCCAUGAAAAUCUGGGUAACGAAUGUAACACUUUCUAUUCUUGGAAUGCAAAUUGGAGGGUAAAUCAUUGUUUUAAAUGUUAUGAGAAACGAGUCUUUUAGUGAGUCCUCAUUGAACAGGAUAUUUCUGUCGUAUCCUUAUUAGAAGGAUACUAUCUUGGAAAGCUUUCAUCAGUUUAGGUACUAUCUAAAGACAGGCACAAUGGCCUUGAUAAACCUACUCCACACUGGGAUGGUGGCCUUGAAAUCCACUGAGGACUUUAAUCGGAACCUACAUUUGUGAGUUGCAUUUGGCUCCCAUGUUGUGUUACCUGGCUUAUGAGUCAUUUGGUGCUCGUUAACAAGACUCCUACACCCUUGAAAACAUGAAAAUGGAAAGAAAAGGAAUGUAAAUAUACAUCAUAAAUAAGGAGAGGAAGGAUUAUCGCUGGUUUAGAAUUGAUUCCACAAGAGACACUGUGCAUUCACAUGUAUUUGAUGUAUCAAGGAUGAGAUCAUCUUUGUUAUGUUUCAGCUCUGCUUUUUCUCGCCAGGAUUGUGCCGUUGUAUGCCUUGACACACUAAUAGAAAAGAUGGUUACUCCUUUGAGCCUUAGUUUGCCUUUUAGUCAGUAUAUGCAUGGUAUACGCUGGCUUGUCCUUGCCAAAAGAAACAUGUUAUAGCUUGGUCAUCCGCAAGCAUAUGAUGGAUUAAGCCAUGUUGUAAAAGUUUAACUGUUCUACUUACAUAUCUGCUAUCAUAGUGGUCACUACUUAUGAAUUUCUUCUAUCAUCAUAUGAAAAUUUGGUUAUUUUAUCAUAUAUUUGCUUCUAAAUGGGUCAGUGUUUUUCAUUUGGAUGAGGGAAUGAGAACACAUCGCUUUCAGCAAGGUGGGUUAGUGAAUGUGCUUGAGAAGACUUAGAGAUUGCGACUCAAAUAAAUGAUGAGCAAAUAGGAAAAAUCUUUCAGGGAUACCUGAUGAAAAAGCAUGUCGUUGCAAUGCUAUUUUCUGAUGGUUCUUCAAAAGUUUUGCUUUUAGGUUUGGAGAAAACACAUUAAGUAACUAAUAAUGAGGGAAUUGAUAUAAUCAACGCCUCAAAUCAGUGGGAGACGCUUAAUCAAGAACCUCUUUAUUUGAGGCAAAACCUUCCCCAAUCCAUCGCGGAAUAAAUAUUAUAGCACUAAAUAAAUAUUAAGUGCUUCGCCUAUACGUGUAUUGAAAAACUCCUUGGCAAAACCUUCCCCAAUCCAUCGCGGAAUAAAUAUUAUAGCACUAAAUAAAUAUUAAGUGCUUCGCCUAUACGUGUAUAGAAAAACUCCUUGGCGUAGUAUGAAAAUCUAGAUAAUUGAGUGACAACUAUUAAUAACAAGCGCAUGGCCUAGUGAGAAAUUCGAACGUCAUUAAGAUUUUUUUUUUAUAACUAUUAUAUCUUUAUUUUUCCUGAUUACAUGCAACAUUAUUAUCUGGACGUGUGUAUUGUAAAAUUUCCUCAGACAGUUUUGUGGAGUUUUAUGUUUCAUUAUAAAAUGAGUGAAGAGAAUUUCUUUCUUUAGCUAAAAUGAGAUGUGAAAAUUUGUGUAUAAAAUUGCUAUUCGGGCUAAAGUGUUUAGAUAUCAAAUCACAUUGAUAAAAGUAUAAUGCACGUGGUAUUUUUAGCAUUUGGCUUUUAGGAAAAUACGAAAUAUUGUCCAUAAAUAUUGUGCAUCAUUUGGACAACCAUUGGACUGAUCUACUAAUUUGGGCUUUUGCUUUUGAUUUUUUUAGCCCAUCCUUUGUUGAAGAUGGAUCCGUUCUAAUACAUGGAGUGUGAUACUAACCUAUGGUCUAUCAUCAAAGUAAGCAAGUAAAUCUGUGAAAAUUGACAAGAACUCUUCAAGGAAAGAAUACGGUUUAGUCAACUAGAAUUUUUAAAUUUGAACAAUUUUGAUUUUAAGUCAUUAUUUGGGAACUUUCUUUAAUGUUUCUGGGUUUAUAAUGAAGUUGCUUUAGUGCUUCAUUGGCCUUAUAUUGUCAUCUGAAUAAUGCUUAUUUAUGAAAAUGCAUGUUAUGACGACAUGAGGUUUAUCCAAUUUUCUAUGAUAGGUAAAGCAUUUCCUGUACGGGAAAAUAAACCAGAAACAGUUUUUCUCCUGCGCCACAUCUGCACCUUUUGGUGGGGAUCAUGCUUAACGAAAUUUCGCAUGUUAUCAAUAAAAGGAAAUUUAUCACCAAAUCACUAUUAGAUAUGAGCUGUACUAUUUGUUGCGCCUAGUAAAUAAUUCAUGACUUUAUUGUUGACAAUGUCACUUGCAUCUGUCAGUCGCAUCCCUUAAGUUCUCUUAUGCGACCUGUAUGCUGAAUGCUCUUCUGGUUGUCAUUCAUUAUUUGUACAGGGGAGAAGAUGGAAAACGCAUCAAUUGAAUCAGGAAGCUUAUCACAUAUUGCACCUGGUCCUGACUUUUGGUCUUGGUCUCCACCAGAAAACAUACACAGUCUGAAUAAUGCUCAAUUACAGCCACUGAGCAAAGCGAGUUCCUUUCCGAAGCCAACAAUCUCAGUGAUGGAAAAGGAAAAUUCUGAAGAAAUUUUAUCCAUCCCAUUUCAGAGUACCUUGCCUCAGAGUAAACAUGCCCCUCUUCCACCUCUGCAAUCACUUGUGGAAGUUGAAGCUGAAAUAGUGGAUUAUCCUCUUUCCACUUCAGAACCACUCCCAUCAACAGAGAAAAAAGAGCAUGAUGAACUGUCUUCUAGAAAUGCUUUGGAGGCAGCUGAAGCUCUAGCUGCCACAGUUGAAACUUCAUCGCAAGGUGUGAAUCCUGAUGGCUCAAAGUGGUGGAAAGAAUCUGGUGUUGAGGAAAGACAGAAUGGGGUAGUUUGUAAGUGGACAUUGACUCGAGGAGUUAGUGCAGAUGGAGCUGUUGAGUGGGAGGACAAAUUUUGGGAAGCAGCAGAUGAGUUCGACCAUAAAGAGCUUGGAUCUGAGAAGUCUGGACGUGAUUCAGCUGGAAAUGUUUGGCGUGAAUAUUGGAAGGAAACAAUUUCGCAGGUAAACUCAACCUUCAUGUUAUUUAUUUAGAAAUGACGUAUAUUCUCUUAGAUGAAUUAUUAGAUCGUAAUAAUUUAGGGUCCCUGCUUCCUGAGAACGAUCAUAAUAUGAUGAAAGGACACAAAUCUUAAGCUGUAUUUAAAAACAACGACAAAAUAAAAAGCAUCUGACUUCAUUGAAGAAUAAUAAAUAGAGAUUAUCGACCUUCAAAAAUAUUUCGACUCCGUUGCCUUUAAUGUCCUAUGGAGAACAAUGCACAAUCAAAAGUACAGGGAAGGCUGAUCGAAGUUAGAACUGAAAGGUUUCUGAAUAUCAGAUAAUAUCUGAGAGGUUAACUGGUUUCAAGACAAGUGAUAAUUACUCAAUAACUCUUUUCUUUAUCUUACUGGUUAUGAAACCAUCCGGAUACAAUUGAAUAAUAAGUACCCCAAUAAAUCCACUAGCUUGAGAUGUUUCUAUAGAAGUUUUUUCCAUUCAAAACUUUUUUUCCAUUGCAGUUGAUGUGAUAUAAAUAUAGCACCUAAUCAGAUAUAAUUUAUAAACCGUUGGUUGCUAAACUUUUGCAGGAUCUCAGCUGUGGCGCUUUCCAUAUUGAGAAAACUGCAGACAAGUGGGGGAAAAAUGGGGCAGGAGAUGAAUGGCAUGAGAAAUGGUGGGAGCAUUACGAUGCUACAGGCCAGACUGAGAAAUGGGCCCACAAGUGGUGUUCCAUAGACCCAACGACGCCCCUAGACGCUGGCCACGCUCAUGUUUGGCACGAGAGGUAAAGGAUUUUCCCAUCUCUUGGCUUUGUUGCUGGACAGAAAUGAAACCUCUUCAAAGGGUAACUAUGAAUUAUGAGGCAUGAUAGCGUUUCUGCAUUACUACGUGUUAGAUAGGUUGAAAAGUGAAAUACGGACUUUUCCGAUUCUCAUUUCUAUGAAUUUGUUAACCAUAUAGUGAUAGUUACCCUAGUAAAUGUACGAUUGAAAUCUUACAUGGAAGGGUAAGUUUUAAUUUCUCAAAGGAAACGUUCCGGGGACGAAUAUGCUUUUUUGAUUCUCCGAUGCAUCAUCAGUAGUUAUUAUUCCUUUAAUUGUGCUACUCUCAAGUGCAAGCUCAAUUAGUAAUCUAUAAAUAGAAUAUAAUUAAAUUUAUUUUUGGCUAUAUACGGAAAAAAAUAUCAUAGUUUGUACGGGAUUCUCCUGGUUCUGCCAUUAAAGGAUGCAUAAAAGCUUUUCUGAUAGUACUCCCCACAGUGGUUCACCAUUUGAGCUUUUGCAGGUGGGGUGAGAAGUAUGAUGGAGAUGGUGGGAGCUCAAAGUAUACAGACAAAUGGGCUGAGCGGUCAGUUGGUGAUGGUUGGGCGAAAUGGGGAGACAAAUGGGAUGAAGAUUUCGACAAGUAUGGGAAUGGAGUCAAACAAGGUGAGACAUGGUGGGCUGGGGAGUAUGGGCAUAGGUGGAACCGCACUUGGGGUGAGCAUCACAAUGGGUCUGGAUGGAUUCACAAAUAUGGAAAGAGUAGCAGCGGUGAGCAUUGGGACACACAUGUCAAGCAAGAUACAUGGUAUGAGAAGUAUCCCCACUAUGGGUUCUCCCACUGCCUCAGAAACUCUGUGCAACUCCUGGCAGUUCGGAAAUCAACACCUCCAACACCCUAG